CUUUAUGUGGGCAGGGCCUCAAACUGGAAUGUUCAGAGCAAACGCCAGAAUAGGCAAGCUGUAAACACUGCUCUGAAGGAGCUCUGUGUAGCGCUGAGGACUGCAUCACCCGUUUGGAUGGAAGAUAGCAUGGGUCUGUGCUUGAGAAGAAAAGACAACUGGACAGAGAGGAGCGCAAUUUUUAAAGUGUUCCUGACAGCAAGGCCUAUUCUAUAGCAUACCUAAAACAAAUACAGUAAAAACUAAAGAUGAAGGACCGACUUGAAGAACUGAAACAACGAGCCAAGGAAACAGAAUCAAAGGAAAGAGCCACUGGAGGGACAGGGGCUGCGAGUGAGGAAUUUACUAUGAAGCAGCAGGCCAUAGUGUUUGAAAAGGAACCAGUUGUGGAAACAGUUCUAAACAAUGCUCAACACAUUCAGGAUGAUAUUCAAGAAUUGGACGAAGAUGUCAAGAAGUUUAGCCAACAACAAAAGGGGCUAAUAUCCAGUAUGAGACGUUUCAGUGUCAUUAAAAAGGAGAGCAACAUUACCAGGGACAUUAAAAUUCGUGCAGAAAAUAUCCAUAAACGUCUAGAGGCUCUGUCCCUGGAUAUCAAGAGAGCAGAGGCAGAGGACGAGUAUGAUUCUGCAAUUACCAGAAUUAAAUGCACUCAGUAUAAUAUGCUCUUCAAGCACUUUCAGAAUGUUAUGUUUCAGUACAAUGACUCCUUGACAGAAAAGCAGGACAAGUGCAAACAGUUCAUUGUGCGGCAGCUGGAAGUGGCAGGUAAAGACGUGACAGAUGAAGAAGUUAACAGAAUGAUGGAGCAAGGAAAGUGGGAGGUGUUCAAUGAGAAUUUACUAGAGGACGUGAAGAUUACAAAAGCACAGCUCAGUGAGAUUGAACAGCGUCACAAAGAACUGUUGAACCUGGAAAGCCAAAUAAAAGACCUACGGGACCUCUUUACAGAGAUUUACUUACAAGUGGAAUUGCAGAGUGGAACCUUAAAUAACAUUGAGGCGAUUGUGAAUGAAACUAAGGAUUAUGUUGAAAAAUCCAAUAAUGAAAUUAAGCUUGCAGUGAAAUAUAGGCAAAGAAAUCCUUGCAAAGUGCUUUUUUGUUGCUGCUGUCCAUGCUGUGACUAAAUAUUUGGACAUAAAUAAGCAAAAACAAAAAAGCAUUUUGGACUGAGUAUUUCACUUGUGUAAAAUUGGUCUCUUCACUGAGCUAUGCUCUGAUUAAAACUUUAAAUGAUAAUUAUAAACACACAUGCAAAAAUAAUAUUUGUAUAAGAAUGUGUUUACAUAGUUGAAGUGAACUGUAUUUUUUACUGCUGCAGUAUUCAUUUUAUUUAUAUAGGAGUCUUCUCAGAAAAAUAAACAAAAUCAAUGGCUUUAACUAGCAGUGUUAACAAUGCAUUUGCUCUUAGAUGGGUUGUGAUAAAGAAAAGUCCAGUGUCACUAUCUGUUAUGAAUCCAGAGCGUGCUUUUUUAUUAACAUUUAAUUAUGUGAGACUGUAGAGGUAUUAAUCUCAGCUUUUCAUGAUGUAAAGGUUCACAUUAGCGGAGGUCUAGUAUAUCCAGUUCAGUUUAGAAAGACUAUGGGGGUUUAAAAGAAACUGAUUGGAUUUUCUUUAGGGGUGAAGGAUGUUCUAUAUGAGUAGAGGCACUUAGUGAUCCAUUGAUUAACCAAUUUCAUAUUACAAGUGCUAUGAAGUCACUACAUAAAUGCUGUGAUAUUCCAUAGCUUAGCACCUUGUUAAUAAAAUCCACACUGAACGUCAACAACUAAAACCUAAUACUUUAAAAGAUGGGAAGACGUGUAUUUUGAGUUAAACAAAAGCAUAACACCUGACAAAAAAGCAGCAAGUUCAGCUGUGAACAAUGGGAACAAUGUUAACCAGCAGAAAGAAAAGCUUUGCUUCUGUUUAACAAUUUGAGUAAUGGUGAAAUUGGUGUUUUCAGACACUUUAAAAAUACAUUGUCCAUGAA